GGUGGCUAACUUUAUUCUCAGACACGUUUCAGAUAAACAUGAACCGAAUGAAGAUGACACAUGAUAAGAAUUAAGAAAACCAGCCUCAUUCAUUAAUUUGCAGUGGCAACAAGCCUUACUGAUAUUGGUUGGUCACUAUACCUUCUCUCUUCAGUCUUCAUUAUCACACUCAUCAUUCUCUAAUUUCUCUAACAUGGCUUCAACCGCUUCUGAGGUUAGCCAACAAGUCCAAUCCAACAACAACAGACCAAUUUUCAAAAGCGUGAAAGCACUAACUGAAUCACCAGAACUCACUUCCCUCCCACCCUCUUACACCUACACCACCAACUCAGAUGAUGAAAUAGUGGCAGACCCAGAUGAAGAUGAUCCAAUUCCCAUUAUUGACUAUUCCCUCUUGGUCACUGGCACACCUGAUCAGAGGGCCAUGACCAUCCACGACUUGGGCAAGGCUUGUGAGGAGUGGGGGUUCUUCAUGCUCAUCAACCACUUUGUGUCAAAGACCAUCAUGGAGAAGAUGGUUGAUGAGGUUUUUGCUUUCUUCAAUCUUAGCGAGGAGGAGAAGCAAGAGUAUGCUGGUAAGGAUGUGAUGGACCCUGUGAGGUAUGGCACCAGCUCCAAUGUUUCUAUGGACAAAGUCUUGUUCUGGAGGGAUUUUCUUAAAAUUGUGGUGCAUCCAGAAUUUCACUCACCUGACAAACCACCUGGGUUCAGAGAGACAUCAGCAGAGUACUGUAGAAGAACCUGGAAAGUGGGAAAGGAACUACUAAAAGGAAUAUCAGAAAGCUUGGGAUUGGAAGCCAAUUACAUAGAGGAUACAAUGAACCUAGAUUCUGGUUGGCAAAUGAUAGCAGCAAAUAUGUAUCCACCUUGUCCACAACCUGAGCUUGCAAUGGGAAUACCCCCACAUUCUGAUCAUGGCCUCUUGAACCUUCUCCUGCAGAAUGGGGUUAGUGGUCUUCAAGUGCUUCACAAUGGCAAGUGGAUCAAUGUCGGUUCCACUUCAAACUGCCAGCUAGUCUUUGUGUCUGAUCACCUUGAGGUUGUGAGCAAUGGCAAGUACAAGAGUGUAUUACAUCGAGCAGUUGUGAGCAACAAAGCUACAAGAAUGUCCUUAGCUGUAGUAAUUGCUCCAUCCUUGGACACAGUGGUGGAACCAGCUAAAGAGUUUCUAGACAAUCAAAGGAAUCCAGCAGCGUAUGUUGGGAUGAAACAUAGAGACUAUAUGCAACUGCAAAAAAGUAACCGGCUUAAUGGAAAGUCUGUGCUAGACAGAGUUAAAAUCUGAAUUUGAAUCAUAUAGUGUUGGCAAUAGGCUCAAAAGUUAGAGUUUGGGAUUUGGUUCUGUAAAGUACAAUUAGCUAGCCAAUAAGGGAUUUGGUUUUCUAUGGUGGUGAAUCAAAUUAAUUAGAAGGAAACCUUCAUUUGAUUUCACAUGCACAGACUAGACAAAUUCAAUUUUUAAAGUACUAGUAACUUUACCUUUAUAAUAUAAUAAAAACAUACUACUUUCUCUUUUUA